GAAAAUUAAAAAAAAAUAAACAAGGUUUGACAUUAGCCUGAAUAAGUAUUCAUUUGUUAUAUUUUUAGUAAACAAUCCAUUAUUUUAAAAUAAAAUUAGCAAUGCCGAAGGAACAGCAACACUAUUCCCUAAGAUGGAACAACUAUUUACGUCAUAUCACUUUUACUUUCGAUUUCUUAAGAAGGAAUAAUGAUUUAGUUGAUGUUACCUUGUGUUGUGAAGGUAAAAGAAUCAAAGCUCAUAAAGUAUUAUUAUCAGCAUGUAGUGGAUAUUUCAAAGAAAUUUUUAAAGAUAACCCGCAUCCACAUCCAGUUAUCAUUUUUAAGUUUAUCAAAUUCGAAGAUCUCAAUGCCAUUAUUGAAUUUAUGUAUCAAGGUAAAGUUAAUGUAAAAGAGGACGCCCUCCAAUCCUUUUUACAAACAGCUGAAAUAUUAAUGGUUCAUGGAUUAACUUCAGAUGACAAAACGAGUGCAAAAACUAUUAAAAGUCAUGAACAACAGACUGUGUACUCUACAGAGAGCCGGAGAACUACAACAGAUAGUAUAACUCAAACUACAAAUAUCGAUUUUUUAAAGUCAUAUUCCAAUUCACCAAAAAAAAGAAAAAUUUCUUUUAGUGAAGAUGAAGAAAUAGAAAAUGAUCUUAAUGAAAUAAUUACAUUUACAAAAAAUGAAAUACAAUUCACUCCUUCUUCUACCAAUACAAAUAUCCCAGAAUUUGUUGACGUAUCAAAUUGCGAUAUGAGAACUAAAAUCAUUACACAAACGGCAAAAUCUACUCCAACUAAAAAUUUAUCAAGCGCAGACACUGAUUUUGAAAUUGAAACUCAAGAAAAGAAUCAACAGAAUCCUGAAAUCGUAGUUAUUGAAAAAGAAAAAUUAACAGUACCAAAUGAUCAACCAGAUUUGGUUUGUAAGAUAUGUAACCGGCAACUUCAAUCCAUAUCUGCAUAUAGAAGACAUAAUGCUUCAAAACAUGGUCAAAAAUCCGAAAAAUACAACUGUUUAUCUUGUGAGAAAAGCUUUAAAACAAAGUGGUCCCUUUCAACUCAUAAUUCUCGAUUUCAUAGAAACAAAGAAAAAGAAGUAAUAAAAAUGAGUUUUAAUAUUUAAAAAAUUCAAUGUUUUAUUUUAUCAUGCACAACCGCUUAUCCACCUUGUAGCAGCGCCCUUUGCAUUGUCUCGUAAGGCUAUAGAUGUCUGCCAAAAUACAUUGCAAUUGCUGAAUAAGGUAGACGAAAUUAGAUUUGCGUUAUAGAUACCAUAAAACUUAGCUUAAUAAACUCAAAUUAUAGUUAUCUACCAUACAAUUUUACACAAUAAAUUAAAAACGAAUAUUU